AUUGUCUCUCUGUAAAGUAUUAGGGCGUGUUUGGUUAAGCAGAAAAUAUUUUUUAGGGAAAAUUAUUUCCAGGGAAAAUUAUAUUUCCCCCACCUUUUCUAUUGUUUGGUAGGAAGACAAUUAUUUUUCUAACUUUUUUAUUAUUAAGAUUUCAAAAUUAAUAUUUAAAAAUAUGUUUUGAAGAUAAUUUUAAUGUUUUUUUAACAAAAUGAGGGCGGGCGGUGUAAGGAAGAGAAUGUAUCUGCUCCGAGUUAGUUUUUGAGAAUAGAGGACACAAGUUGAGGACUUGAGGGUAUAUUUUGAUAACAUCCUCUCUACGUUGUAUAUGCAAGUACAAGGCAUAAAAGAAUUACCUAUACGAUUCUUCCUCCGUCAGCCGCAAAGUCGCAAACAGCAGAAAGGAGACGCGAGACGAGGCGACCUCCAUCACCCCCGCUCUCCAAGCCGCCCUUGGUCCGGACGUACGCCGCAGCAUCGCAGAGUCGCUUGCCAGACGCCGCUCCCCCAACCUUUACUGACCUCUGAACGCCUGAGUCGGUCUGACCCGGAUGCCAUAGGUGAGGACAUUCAUGAUGAUGUCAAGAUCUAGUCUACAUGAUUUCAUACCAUCAAGCUCAAGCCGAUUAAUCAUGUGUUCCAAGAUUGUUACCCCGUAGUAUAAAGGACUAGGAAGAAUUUACUCUAAUGUGCUCCCUCAAGUGUAGACAGUGGCGAGAUUCGAACAUGUGAUCUUUAGGUUGUCCAGGUAGAGAAUUAAUUAUCUCUGCGUCUGUUAUUGCCAAGAAGAGGGAACACAGAGUAUUAAAUAAGAUGAACCACAGGACUGCCAUUUUGUUAUAAACUCAGAUUUGUUUAUAUAUUUAAAGCACCAUUUUUUUGUGUGAAAAUAAUGAAACAAAUGUUGAAUUAAUGAAUAGCAGUAUGAGUG